AUGGGAAGAAACUGGUCAGAGACAGUCGUUUCAGAGAACGAAGUUUGCCUGGGUCCUGCCCACUCGCGCUCCCGCUGGACGCAACUGAAACUUGUGAGGGAGACACGUCUCCCCGGAGACCGAAACUUGCACGGAGGGGGGGGGAGUGAGGACGGCGGGCAGAGGGUUCCGCCUCCCCGGGGGGCUGCACGCCGCGCUGGGCCCUUCCCGGCCCCCGGCCCGCGCCCGCCCGCCCCGCCAAUCGCACCGCAGACCCCCGAGGCGCGCGGCACGGCGCGCGGGCUCCCGGUGAGCCCGUUCGGUCCAGGCCGCACCGCCGCCGCGUGCCCGCUGCCCGGGGCCGGGAAUGGCGGCGUCCGGCUGCCCGGGGCCAAUUCCGUCCCUGCCCCCUCACCCUCGACCCCGCCAGCCCUUCUAGCAGCGACGCGGGAGAAAAGGAAGUUACCUCAGGGCGGUCCCGGCGGCGGUCAGUCGUGGGAGGCCGAGCGGGUCCAGCGCGGUGGCGGUGGCUACCGCAGUGCCCUCCGCCCCAUUGUUUCCCUUCCAGGAGGCUCCCGGCAAAGCCGAGCCCGGGAACCAGGAAGUUCCCUGGCGCGACACCUCCUGCCGCCGCCGCUAUGGAAACGGCCCCCGCCUUCCCCAGGGCGGCUCGCCCGGGACCCCGCCUCCACGCCGCCGGCCCCGCCCGCCUCACCGGCCGCCAACAGUCGCCGAUGCGGCCGCGGCAGCCGCCGCCAUCUUGGCGCGGCCAAGCUGCCCCUGCCUUCCCGGCGACACGUGCGCUGCUCCCACGCUCCCGCCGGGCGCGCUCCCGCCGCCGGGCUUCACGCCGAGGCCGAGCCCCCAACCCCUCUGCAGGAUGCGGGUUCUGCGGACCGGGCAGCGCGCCGGGAUUGCUACAGAGCUACCGAUGGCAGUGGACCAGUGCGGUGUCGGACACCUGGGAGCGGCCCACCGAGCAGGGGCACCUUUUGCAUCUGGAGCCCAACUGCUUCCCAGCCUUGA